UUUGGUGCUCUGCCAAUCAACAUUAUCAGAACUAAAUUUAAUUCCAUUACAGACUUGACAUGUAUCACGCAAGUCAUCGACCUUUGAGGACAAGCUUAGUUCUAACUGUGAAUGAGAGCUACUCGUACGUGCUGUCACGCGCUGAGGACGAGGCUCGUGUUUGCGGGAUCGACAAUGUCAAUGUCAACAGUCGACUCGAGUUACAUGGUUACCACUGGCGACGCUCAGUCGCCUGUCAUACUUAUGAGGAGUGAAGUUUCAGCUAAAGUAGACUUCAACCAAAGAGAAUAUGUAGUGACCUUAUAUUGCUAAACUGUAAAUACAACGAAUAGAAGGAUGUAUUAUAGAUGGAAUCCUUAAGUCGAAACUACCGAUUGUGAAAGCCGGACCUCAGCGUUUCAGUACUCGGAAAUAUCUUGUAUCUUGUAGUGUGAGUAGGGCCUUCAUGGGAACUUCACAACCGGGAUUCAAUCUCCUGUUUACCUUUACCGUGUCUGGGAUCGGCGGCCAUUUUAACUCGCCCAAAUCGGGAAAACAGAAGUGGACUACGUUAGCUGAGGCGAUAGCGAGCCGAAGGCGUACGUGGAAAUGACGUCAUGCAGGAAGUGCAGCCGUGACGUCAUUCUAUGGCACACAGCGUGUAUCUUGUUAAUCUGUAGCUGCCCCGUCAUUCUCCUCGCCGUGGGAUUUGGCGUCGUCACACCUUACAUGUACACCCGCCAGUUCUCAGGGCGAAAGUCCACGUGCACCGUGAGGACAGUAUGGCGCCACCCCAGCGUCGACUGUCACUGUGGGUACCGAGCUAUAAAAACUCCGGUGUGCCGAUCGUUGUCACCAUGCGUGGAGAUAAGGGUUAAUUACGUCAACGAGGAAAAGUUUGACGUUGUUCGUGACGCCAUGUUGUAUGACGAUCCUUAUAUGUACGGAGUCCUCAAGAAUGAACGGUGCUCUACACAGUCGUGCGAAAAAGAUGCUUCAAGUAACAACAAAACUGUCAAUGAGUUUAUACGAAACUACGGCGCGAUAGGUCACACAUUUUUGUGUUACCCUGGACGAGAUAGCCACCCCGAGGUUUUAUUGUCCUUGAUCAGAGGUUGGCGAGUUUACCUCGGUAUGAUAAUACCUGGAGUUCUUUUCCUCGCAGCCGUUAUUUCUGAGGCUUGUUACCUGCUGGUAUAUCCGAGAUAUAAGAAAAAGCGUCGUAAACGAAAACAGUGCAACAGUGCUCACGUGGACGCAGAUGAGCUUACACUCAGUGUAACAAGAACUACCGGAAACAGUCACAGAUCCGGAGAUUCAUAUCGGUUCAAAACAUCGAACAAAUAUUGGGACAGACCUACAUCGCCGAACGAGAAAACCAUGCAUACUGACAAAACCAAGAUUGCAAGUAAACUCGGAAAUGCCAAAAAUGGCGGGGUGGAUACGUAUCGCACGGGAAGAAGUCACGAAAUCUCUGAAGGUGGAGGUAAAUUUGGUACUGGUAAACAAACAACUAUUCAUGGUUACAGCCAAGAGAACAACAAAUACAAAAACGCGAACAGAAAAAUGAAUGCAUCUAGCAUUACGAGCGCAGGCAUAUUGAAUACAUGCACAGCCGAAUUUACAAAAUCUGACACACACAGGGUUUCGGACAUAUCACGAGAUGCGCAUAACCAAGACAAUGGAGAAAUAUCUGUGAAAAUGGAUAGACUUGGGAACAAAGACACAAUCAGUGACACAUAUAUAUGGUGAAGUUCACCACCUUAAUAUAACACGACUUUUCCUGAUCCCAAAAUAUAAUGUGUUCUGGUUGAGUGACUCUAGAAUGUAUUCUGUUUGAGUGACGCCAGAAUGUAUUCUGUUAGAGUGACGCUAGAAUGUAUUCUGUUUGAGUGACGCCAGAAUGUAUUCUGUUUGAGUGACGCUAGAAAAAAUUCUGUUUGAGUAACGCUAGAAUGUAUUCUGUUUGAGUGACGCUAGAAUUUAUUCAGUUGUAAUUGCAACAGAUUAUUCUGGUUGAGUGACGCUAGAAUGAAUUGUGUUUGGUUGACGCUAGAAUGAAUUGUGUUUGAGUGACACUAGAAUGUAUUCUGUUUGAAUGAUGCCAGAAUGUAUUCUGUUUGAGUGACACUAGAAUGGAUUGUGUUUGAGUGAUUCUAGAAUGAAUUGUGUUUGAGUGACGCCAAAAUGUAUUCUAUUUGAGUGACGCUACAAUGUAUUCUGGUUGAAUUACUCUAGAAUGUAUUCUGUUUGAGUGACGCCAGAAUGUAUUCUGUUUGAGUGACGCCAAAAUGUAUUCUGUUUGGUUGACGCUAGAAUGAAUUGUGUUUGAGUGACGCUAGAAUGUAUUCUGUUUGAGUGACGCCAGAAUGUAUUCUGUUUGAAUGACGCUAGAAUGAAUUGUGUUUGAGGGAUUCUAGAAUGUAUUCGGUUUGAGUGACGCCAGAAUGUAUUCUGUUUGAAUGACGCUAGAAUGUAUUCUGUUUGAGUGACUCUAGAAUGAAUUCUGUUUGGUUGACGCUAGAAUGAAUUGUGUUUGAGUGACGCUAGAAUGUAUUCUGUUCGAGUGACAAUAGAAUGUAUUCUGUUUGAGUGACAGUAGAAUUUAUACUGUUCGAGUGACGCCAGAAUGUAUUCUGUUUGAGUGACGCUAGAAAGAACUCUGUUUGAGUGACGCUAGAAAAAAUUCUGUUUGAGUAACGCUAGAAUGUAUUCUGUUUGAGUGACAAUAGAAUGUAUUCUGUUUGAGUGACGCUAGAAAGAAUUCUGUUUGAGUGACGCUAGAAAAAAUUCUGUUUGAGUAACGCUAGAAUGUAUUCUGUUUGAGUGACGCUAGAAUUUAUUCAGUUGUAAUUGCAACAGAUUAUUCUGUUAAAUACAUUCCAUCAAUUUAACAUAGCGGUAAUAUUGUACAACAACAACAAAAAAAGAGACCGAUACACAGAAUGUUUUAUUAACCCUCCUCUACCGCCGUUAAAGUGUUUUCGCUUUUAGAGUUUUUUGUCUGUUUUAUUGUGAGGGUUUGGAAGGGGCUGGCUGGUGAGAUAUGUGUUUAAGGUCGCUUUCAACAUUAUUUCACCCACAUCACUAUGUUUUAUUUCCUUGUCAUAGGACCGGCCCCGAUAGCAGAGGUUGUAACUUCCUCGCUUGGUUGACCCGUAUUAUUAUA